UUUAUUUGAUAUUUUUUAUACUCAUAAUAUAUUUGAGGGUACCGGACGUCUUUAUAGGGAGAAAUAAAAAGCAAAAAAAUAAAACAAAUUACGACUGGACCAAACGUUCUUAUAUACCUACAAGACCUAUAACGAAGACCUAAUUAAGCGUUGUAGGUCAGUAAUAAUUUUGUAUUACAGGAAAAAUAAUGUCUGUGUUGUUCCAGCAUAUUGAUCAGAACUGCCAAUGAGGUAGUGACACUGAUAGAUAUGGGUCUCGAUAACAUUCUGCAAAAACACAUGUGAUAUAUACAAAACACAACUUAUAUCAGAUCUAGACACUAAAAGAAAAUUGAAUAAAACUGUUGUAACUGUAUGUGCUACUGAUGUAUCGGGGACUAGGCCAACGGAAGCUGCCGAGUGUUGUCACUCUCCCUUUGUAUUGCCUAUUGGUUCGAUGGCUGAUCUAUAGAGACGACAGUCUACGCCGUGCAACUUCUGAACAAUUGAUGACACGCCUGGCACGAACUUUCUUCGGUCCUGAUUUUAAGCUAAUGGAAAACGGAGCAUACAGUGUAGGUUGGAGAGACAUAACAUGGAGGAAGGAUGUUUACUCCACACAUUGCUAAUGGCACUUUUUGUUUCCGCAGUAAUAGCGGAAUUCCGACAGAACUAUUUCCACGCCGACAGUCGGUACGAUAACGUAUUACCCGACGGAGGAACACUGCAUUACUUCAAUGUAUCAAGUCUGGUGGAAUGUGCACACACGUGUUUUGACCAGACCGAUUGUGUAUCUGUGUUCUAUAAGGAGGGACAGUGUGUAGGAUGGAACUCAAGAAUGGACGAUGUUUUCCCGACCACGGCUUCCGAUAAUGCGCGAUACUAUGAAUUAAGAGGUAUAUACGGUAAUGUGGCAGCAGGAAAGCCAGCGGUUCAGUCAACAACUUUCCCACCAUUGUCCGGAUCAUACGGGGCUUACAAGGCAGUGGAUGGAAGUAGAUAUCCUGUUGCUUUCCAGCCAGACGAUUCCUGUUCCUGUACAAACAAAGUUUCCUUGGAAUGGUGGCGAGUUGACCUCUUGGAUACAUAUCUUAUCACAGACGUGGCCGUACUGAAGAGGCGAGAUGACAUAUAUGGGAUGACUCUGGUAAAUAUCAGUAUCGACAUGGCUCUAAGCGUGGCUGGUCCCUAUACUCACUGUUACAACACUGGACCCAUGUUCUCCUUGACAAGAUUUGAAACAUUUACUUGUGACACCCCUACCUACGGCCGUUACGUAAAACUCUCAAAACUUGUGAAGUCUUAUCAUUGUUUGUGUGAAGUAGAGAUAUACGUUCUACCAUAAUAUUUCAAAAUAAAGAAAUACAUGUACCAAUAUUUUCUUUAUAUAGUGCCUGUAGUAUAACAGCAUUAGAAAUCUCACAAUCGCAUAUACUAUGAAGUUCAUUAUAUCAUUUAACAUUCAAAUAACAGGGAUGCAAAAAUAUUAAACUGCAUUCUUGGGAAGAUUGUAGACAAAGUGUAUAAUGCGUUUUCCUCUUAUUCAACCUGUAACCAUCUUAUCGCAUCAAAAGUCAAAUUUCGCAUUGUCAAUGUGGCCUGCUUCUAUGAUGUCACGAGUACACGCGAUCGUUCCCGGCAGAAAAAAAGGUUAACAUUUUAAUCAAUAUGUUCCAACAUCAGUAUAUUCAUUCUUUAUACAAUAGAACUACAUACUACAUCGUUGCAAGUUAUAUUGAUCAAUCGCUUUUUUUUUAAUCCUUGAACGCAUUUUAUUGACGUCAAAAAUACGCUCAGUAUUAUGGCGUGACAAAACGACGACAUUUAGUGACAAAAUAAAAAUAUAGUUGGUUUGGCGUAACCCGCCCGAUCCAGAAAAAAUGCGCAUACUCAGAAAAUUUUAUUGUGAAAAAUAAAACUUAAUGAACGUAAAUGUUUUUGUGAAAAACUUUUUUUUUUAAAUGACUUGACCGUUCCGGAUAUUUAUGUACGGAAGUUGUUUUCGAGUUUGAAAAUACGUCUAGCAAACCCAAAUAAGCUUGGUGUGUGUUUCUUUUGUUUAAGAUCACAAAAUAAAUAAUGAUUUCCAAACAGUU